AGUGAUCAACUCUUGAAACUCACGGAACAGAUUGAAAGACUGAACAAAAGAAUAGUUAACAUCGAAUCGAAAUCUUAUGAUUUAAUAAAACCACAGAUGAAAGAGAUAUCAAAUAAUAAACAAAAAGGAAAUAUUUUUUCACAAAACACAAAGACUUUACCGAAAACUCGAACAAUGAGUCCGCCGUCGAAUGGACUCAAUAUAUCGGUCACUGAGAGUCCAAACGAUACGACAAUUAAUUUCCCGAACGGCGACAAAAUGAAUGUCUCUAAAGACAACACAAUUUUUUACACGUUUGCCAACGGCUCCACUCAGACCACAUACGCCGAUGGACUCAAAAUCACAAACUUUCCAAACGGUCAAAUAGAAAAAGUGCACAAAAACGGUGUGAAACACAUUAUUUAUGGCAAUGGUUUGCAGCGAACCAUAAACCCCGACGGCUCUGAAGAAGUGUUUAUGACCGACGGAACCGUUUGGCGAAUACAUUCAGACGGUUCGGAAGUGUUGGAGUUCGCCAAUGGAGACCGAGAGAUAAGGACUGAUAAUUAUAAAAGAAGAGAAUAUUCCGAUGGAAACAUAAAAACCCUGUAUUCGGACGGAACGGAAGAGACGCGGUAUAUAUGCGGAAGACUUCGGAUAAAGGAUAGGUUCGGCAAUUUGAUGGUCGACUCAAUGAUCAGACAUUUAGAUCAACACUUUUGA